AUGCCACGUAAUGAUAAUAAUAUUAAUAAUAAACGUGGCUUAUUAUUACAAUCAACAAUUGAUAAAAUUAAUAAUAUUAAAAAAUCAUAUUACAAUGAUAAUUGUCAUGAAUGUUUAACAACACCAUCAACACCAUGUACAAUGUCAAUUGGUAGUCCAAGUCAUAUUUUUUAUGAUAGUGAUUGUGAUUAUAAUAAUGAUGAUGAUGAUAAUAAUAAAAUUGGUACAUGUAAUGGUUUUAAUAAAAAAAAUGGUAGUAAAUCAAAUUUAUUAUUAUGCAUAGAAUGUGAUUUAGAAUCACGUACAUGUUCAUAUCGUCCAAAAACACCAACAAGUAGAUCUGAUAAAUAUAUUGAACAAUAUCGUUAUGAUAAUUAUCAUUGUAAUGAUGAUAAUAAUGAUUUAAUAUGUAUUAAAUGUGAAAAUAAUGAUGAUGAUGAUGAUGAUAAUAAUAUCAUUAAAAAAAAUAUUAAUCAUCAUGAUGAUAAUGAUGAUAAUUAUUUAUUUGAAUUAUGUGAAAAAUGUGAUGAACAAAGUACAGAUAAUACAACAUCUGAUUCAUGUAAAAUGAUAAAUUUCUAUGGUUCAUCAUCAAGUGAUAAUAUUAAUUAUCCAGUUGAUGCUGUUGUUAAAAUUCAUGUUAAUGAUAAAUCAUUUGAUGGUGAUUCAGAUGAUACAUAUAAUGAUUGUAUUAUUAAAAUACCGGAUGUUGGAAGUGGUGGUGGUGCUACUAGUAGUGAUCGCUUGUCGCCAAUUGAUGAGCACGUACCAGCUAAUAGUGAAAAUCAAAUACAAGAUGAUACAAAUAAAAUGAAAGUUAAAAAUGGACAAGCACGAAGACAUGAUUCAACGUCAUUCACUGAGUCACGAUAAUUUUUCCAUAAA